CCAGCCAGCCCCCCCACCGUGGCUUCCACUUGGUCCUUUCCUUCCUCUGGUGGAUGCAGAGAUGCAGCUCACCUGGCCUCCAAGGUUUUCAAAACCGGCGUCCCGAGUCCACAGAUAGAAACGGCGGCCUCACCUCCCUGCCUCCUCCCCGAUCGAUUCCCGCGCCCCCACAUCGCCGAAAAGCUUCUCGCUCAUCCAGUCAUCCAAGACACCGCCGGUGUGCAGGUCGCCAUUUGUUAGUUGUUCUUGCACAACUCUCUCUCUGUCUCUCUGCUGCCGUCCUUCAUGGUCAAAUAUAUCCGUCCCCUCCGUCCUCGUCUGGCGCCUUUUGGAAAUUCCCUCGGGCUGCCGUCCUCCGCUUGCGUUCUUGCCCGUCCAGGGCGGUGGUAUUAAUCCGCAGAUCCAGUGGUUGAUCGCUUGGGAAAUCAAGAAAGGGGAGAAGGCGGCGGCAGCAGAACAGGCUCAACAACAGAGAUAUUGUUGCUGCAAAUUUCAGAGCAUUGGCAUCUGGCAACCUUCAGAAAACCAAGCUCAGAUUAUUAUUUUUUUUGAAACUAAAACCAAGCUCAGAUUUUUAUCAGUCCUGACAACGAACUCGUCUGCUCAUUGAGCGCGCAUUACAUGCUAGUUGCGGCGUCGCUCAUGGAGACGGAGACGACGGACCCUAUCGCCAGAGGCCAGCAGCAGGGCGGGAGGCCCGCCGUCGGCGUCUGCAGGCAGCAGAGCGCCGCAUCGGCAGCCAAGCAGGGGCAGCGCCAGAACGUGCCGAAGCCGGCGGCGGCGGGCGCGCUCAGCGCGGAGGCGUUGCUGGUGCUGGCGUGCGUGGCCGUGUCGCUCAUCGUGCUGCCGCUGGUUCUGCCGCCGCUGCCGCCCCCGCCGCCGCUGCUGCUGCUGGUGCCCGUGUGCCUGCUCCUGCUCCUCGCCGCGCUGGCUACCUUCGUGCCGUCGGAUGUCAGGACCAUGGCAUCCUCCUACUUGUAGUUGUAUACUUGUAUUGUAAAAAAAAACUGUAAUUCUUUCCGUUCCGGCCUUUUUUUGUCUUUCUGCGUAUGCCAUAAAAUGAGUUACGUAAAUGAAAAUUUUGUUUUCUUUUUUCUGAAAA